UCUCUUCGGCGACCCGAUCCGCAGCGUACCUGAUCCGCCACCGUUGCCCAGUGAGUUCGACGCCGGUGCAUCACGUACACCACUCGCACAACCGCGUGCACACCGAUCAGUCCACCGUCGCCGUCGUCCGCGAUCACUUCUCCUCUGCGCGUUUCGAUUCCACACGCACGUAUCGUUUUAUAUUUUUUUCCUCCCUUUGACGUUCUUUUUCGCCAUUGUUUUCGCCACCCGUCCAUGGGUGCGUGGAAAACUGUCGCUUAACGUCAUUACCGUUCCAUCGUUCGCUCUUCUCCAGCCGCCGUCCGCCCAAUCGUUUUCGGACGGGAUCCCUGUAAAAUGCACAUUUGGGACGAGAAACCAGCGCUACCGAUAAUACAUCACAAAGUGUCAGCCGCCAAAAAGAUGGACUACUCGCACUGCCCGUUAAAAAAACGUCCGGUACAUUACGACAGAUACAUCAAGGAAGAAAAUAUGGAUUUCGACAACAACGAGGAGUCCUCGGAACCGGAAAACCUGAGUACCAAGCCUCAAGAUCUGAGCGUGAAAUGCAAAUCGGUGAUCACCGCCGUCCCGUUGGUGCCGAAAAAAGAACCGCUGCCAGCCGGUCAACAGCCGCCACACUACUACCAGAUCGCGGUGCCGCAGUCUUCGCCGUCGCCGUACAACCACCGGCCGCAAAGCCCGUACCAGCCGACGGCCAUCAAGCCGGGACCACUGCCGUUGGCGCCGUUGUGCUUGAACAUAGCGGGCGACCACCACCCAUCGUCCGUGGCAGUCGCGCCCGCGUAUUACAGGCAGUACGCGCCCGCCGCGCCCAGACCGGUGCCGGCCCAGUACCCGAGCACCAACUACCUGGCCAGUUACAUGUACCAACAGCACCAGCACGAGCGCGCGUACGCCGCGGUCGCCUCGGCCGGACUUCCGCCGCCCAUGAUCGUGGCCGCGGUCCGCGACACGUCCCUGUCACCGCCCGGUAGCGCCGGGUCCGCGUUCAAGCCGCUGCACACGUCACCCGGGUCCGUGGCCACUACCACGUCGUCGCUCAGCCCGCCCGGCCUGAUCCCGUGGUACGGCAGACACGGCGUGUGGUCGCCGUCGGCCGCGGACGCCGGCAACGCGUCGCCUCCGCCGCAGAGACACCACCAACACCACCACCACCACCACCAGCAGCAGCAACAGCCGCCCACCGUGCCGCUACCGCUACCGUCGUCCCCGUCAUCGACCUCGUCCGUGGCCAUUUCGCCGCCGUACGCGCCGAUGCGCUGCGCGCUCCCGCCCCCGCCGCCGCCACCCGCCGUUCCGUACCAGCAGAUGCACUGCUCCGUGGUCGUACAGCACGCUGGGCGCGCUCAAGAUGCACAUCCGUACGCAUACGCUGCCGUGCAUAUGCGACCUGUGCGGCAAAGCGUUCAGCCGCCCGUGGCUGCUGCAGGGCCACAUUCGCACGCACACCGGCGAGAAGCCGUUCUCGUGCCAGCACUGCAACCGCGCGUUCGCCGACCGGUCGAACCUGCGCGCGCACCUGCAGACCCACUCGGACGUGAAGAAGUACUCGUGCCCGACGUGCAGCAAAACGUUCAGCCGCAUGUCGCUGCUGUCCAAGCACUGCGAUACCGGAUGCCCACGUCUCCAGCCGCUGCCGCUGCCACUUCCGCUGCCGCAACAGCAACACCAACAACAGCAGCAAGAACACGAGCAGCAGCAACAGCACCAGCAGCAGACAACGGUUUAGUUCCGUCAGCCAAACGCGUCCUACUGAUAAGUAUCGUUGUUGCACGCCCUCCCCUCGAUAUGUUAUUCUUUCCCCACACGUACUUCUCUAACCUUUUACAUACAUAUAUAUAUAUUUUUGUUUAUUAAUAUUAUUAUUAUUAUUAUUAUUACUCUAUAAAUUAUUAACGAUAAUCCUGUUCAUCGGUCUUUUUAGUUAGACGCAUUUACUAGUCAGUAGUCACUUUCAUAACUAAAUAUUGCACUGAAUAAGGAUUACUUAUUAUUAUUAUUUUUUUUUUUGAUUUUUUUUGUGAAAAAUUAUGUUUUCAUCAUUGUGAAUUAUUAUCAUUAUUAUUCAUAUUAUUAUUAUAAUUAUUAUUCUCUUUUUGUUUUACGGGUACACUUUACCAUAUGAUUAUAUACGUAACGAUAUGUUACUUAUUAUUAUUUACAUAUUAUUUGAUACAUAUAUAUUAUUAUCUUUUUAUCGAUGAUUCUUUUGGGAAGUAUAGUACGUGUACGAACAAGUUCAACGUAUAUUUACUAUUUUCUCCGCGACUACAGUAUAUAUGUUUUUUUUUUUUCAUUUAGUGUAACAUUACACACUAUUUAUUCCUGCAUAGGUUUAUUAUUAUUAUUAUUAUUAUUAUUAUUAUUAUUAUUAUACACAGACUGCUUAACUGUUUAAGUCGCCAUAAUGUUUUACUAGUCGUUCCCGUUGUUUGAUGUAAACUAUAAAAGUCAUCUCGCUCUCACGCGUUGUUAACGACCUAAUAUUAUUUAUAUACCUCAUAUAUUAUAUAUCAUUUUCAUGUAC